CAGUGACUGAAUUGUAAAUAAAAAUUAUAGUUUUACCGUGUAUAAUAAUAUUUUACUGGACAAUUUAUAUUCCAUCCCAAGAUGUUGGGUGUGUUAUCUAGUGAUAAUUUCUGUGCCUUAUUAAUUUAUUUUAGGUAAUUUCAAUGGAAUUAAGUAGAAUCUGAUAAUUCAAAACUCAAAACAAGACAGUUAUAAUGGAGGGAAUUUAUAAAAUCAAUUUAAUACCAAAUGAUUUAAGUAUGGAGGAGACUGUCUUACAGAUUGCUGACACCUUAGACAAUCUGAACGGAAUAGUUGAUGACGUAUUCUCGCGCGUAACGGCGAGGAUCAACCUGAAUAUAGACAAGACUCGCAAACUUCAAGAAAGAAUAAAUGUGUCUCGAACAAAAGUGGAGAAACUUGCUGGUAUGCAGAAAGCGAUUAAAGUGUUCUCUAGCGCUAAAUAUCCAGCGUCAAAAUCACAUGAACAUUACCAGUCUGUUUUCGACACAAAUUACUAUAAUUUUGAACGUAAAAAAGUAACUCUAAGUGGAAAAUCUCAGAGGCAGUCUAAUGAAAAAGCAAUUCAGGAAAAACUUCAUUUCUUCCACGUGAAAGUUGUUGAAUCUAAAUCGGUGAAACCAAAAUCAGAUUUCGAUCUCAAAGCUGUUAUUGAUAAAGUAUCGACUGUAGGCGAUCUCCUAAUUUACAACACCGACGAGAGUCCGUAUUUGGUUACGCCGAACAGGACUCCCGUUUAUGUACCAAGGGUGAAUACAGAUGUUCAGAAAAGUUUAUUAGAAGAUGCACCGCCAUCGAUCAUGAACAAAAACGUUUUGAAGAGAGAAAUCGACGAAUACAUGUACGCGCCGGGCAUGGGAAUGGUACCGGAGUUAGACAUGCCGCUUGAUCUUCCACAUCUACCUGGAAUCGCUGGGGAUGUCCAAUUCUCCAACGCUGACGACGGUUCGAUCGCACCGUCGGCUGUUACGUCACCGGUGGUACCAGUUAAUACGAUCCCAGAAACGGAAUUACCCGAGCUACCGGAUCUACAAGAACUACCUGAUGUCAAGUUGGACGUAGAGACUCCGGAUAUACCGGAUGCUCCGCCGGUACCACCGACCCCGAUUGUCCCCGUCUUGCCAGUGAUGCCCUCUCCCCCACCACCACCACCGCCGCCACCGCCACCGCCUAUGGAGAUCGAAACACCAAAAUCGAAUAAAAGGGUCGAGCGCUCGCAAAGCGCUGCACCGCCCGCGCCUGCCGUCGGCGACGCGCACUCCAGCCUCAUGGCAGCAAUACGGCAAGCGGGCGGCGUGGGUCGCGCCAAGCUUAAGUCGGCUGUUGAAUCUACUUCGACAAAGGCCUCCAAACAGCCAGUCGGCGGAGAUCUAAUGGCGGAUCUGCACGCCAAGCUUUCGAUGCGUCGCCGAGGGAUAUCUGGUGCUGAAAGAUCUGGCGGAUCGAUUCUCCACACUUUGGCCAGCAUCAUACCCGAGCCUGGUGAACAAUCUUCACCGCAAAGGUCAUCAAGCGACGAAGAUUGGGAGUAAAAGGUCUUUUAAAUGCUGACGGUACAUCUAAAAAGAAGUAAUUAUAUGUGGCCUAUGAUAACUUCACAUAACUCUAAUUGAAAUCAAUGUAAUUAUCAUUUUAAUAGAUAACAGUCGUCUCAAACCAUCGAUACUUCGAAUACUAGUUAUUUUUGUUUCGUAUGUUCUAAUCGCUGCGACUUCUUAGAAGCACGAACGUCGGAUCGAUAACGCUAAUCCCUUUUUAAAAUGCUACUCGCUAGUGAUUAAAAGGUCAUUUGGAAUUGGAAAUUUAGUUUUUUAGAAUAUCGAUAACGCCGUCAGUAGUGGCGUCAGUGGGCAUUUCAGUGACUGCUACUUACAAAGAUCGGAAAGGGUCCGGUUCCGGGAGGUUAUUACGAUAAUCACAUUUCUCACUAGCGGCUGUCUCGCUUUCGUUUCGUGGAAGGUGCGCUCACAUAAACAGUCCCCGCAAACUAUCAACUGGUUCGGGUGAUUAGCAUUUCCAGAAUUGAGAAGAAAAAAUAUAUAUACGUUUAAUCUUACUCGUCGCGGAACUCGAUUAUACAUAUGCAUAUUAUGUGCGUCUAAACAUUUUAUUAAACUCGUUCUAAUUUUCUCGGCUUCACGAAAUUGACAUUUUGUUACAUUGUUCCCGUACGAUGUUUAAUUAAAUGUAUCAAAUUAUUUAUUCGUAUAAUUUACUCGCAAGUUAUUUUAAUUAAAAAGGCAAAUAUUUUUACUAUUUACAUAGUUAAUUAUGGGAUUAUGACUUAUAUUUAGUAGAUCGAUAAGUAUAUUUUACAUACAAGCAUACAAUAUAUAUAUUAUUAUUUUAUAAAGGUCAAAUGUUAUAUAUUUGAGUGUUGGGUAAAAAUCAAGUGAUAUGGAUGCCUGUUGAAGAGGUGCUAAUAUUAGUGGAAUGAUUAAAAUAUUAGAAUAAUAAUAUUUGAUUUCGCUUUUACAAAUUCUACGAAUUAAAUAUAAUUGUGAUUUAUUACGUAGAAAAAAAAGGAAUAAUUUUGUUAUAUGGUAAUGUUAGAAUUUUAUUAAAUUGGCAUAUUUUUGUUUCUAAAUAAUAUAAAAUUAAAUUUUGGCAUUAUUUGCACGUAUUGCUGUGUUUUAUUAACGUGCACAGAUAAUAAUAAACUCAUAGCACGUUACGUUUUUGGAACGGUUUUUAUGUCACGAUGUCUAACGGAUAACAUGUGAUGAUGUGACCAGUGUAAAAGUUUUAUAAAUAGCGUGUUUUAGUCUUGGAAGGGUUCAAAAUGUUUUUCAAAUCUUUAAAUACAAGAAAUUGUUAAAAAUAUAUUAAGCGAAUGAUUUUAUUCAUUAUCAAAACAAGUUUUUAUUAUUUUGCCUAAAUAAUUGAUAUAGUACGCGUUAAAAAAGUAAAAAUAAAAUCUAUGUGUAUAAGUUAUUCUAUUUGAUACAAUUUUAAGUAACGUUAGAACUUGUUGUUAUACUUUUUGGACAUUAUGUUGAGCUUGCUUCUCAAACAGAUGUGGCUGAUAAUACUAAGACGGUAUGGUGAUACGACGCCGCCUUCGUUAUCGUUGUAUCACAUUCGUAUGCGAGGUGGGCGCGGGUACUGUUAGUGCCGUAAACUAGCUGUCCCAGAUUAUAUUUGACUGAUUGGAUUAAAUAAAUUUCAUAUUAAAACACGUAUAUUCUUACAAUAAAUAUGAAAAUCGUGGUAUUCUUUAUUUAGUCUAGAAAUUCUGCCAUCUAAAUCGCACAGAUUAAAAUAUAGAUAUAGAGCUGUAAAAUAAUUCGCCUAGCUUUCUUAUUUAUUUCAAACAAGCAGGGUUUGUAUCUUUAGAUAUACAUGUUUGAAUACUGAUUUGAGAUUGCAUCAUAUUUAGAGAUUCGAUUCCUGCUUGAAGUUUGAAUUGAUUUGAAUCGAAAGGUAAUGAGAAUUUAUUGCAUGGACGUGUCUACUCGGAGUGAAGCAUAUUAAUCAUAGACAAGCGUAUUUAAUAAGGGGUUCCCCAUACCGAUUCCUUCAUUAGUUUUUUUUUUUUAUAAUUUAAUUCAAUAUUUUUUAGUGUAAUGUUUGUUUUUUCGUAUUAAUUUUUUUUAUAAAUAAAUUUGAAAUUUAACGAAAGUUUUAUAACUAUUGGUGAUCCAUAUCUUACAUACGGCAAUCGAUGGUAACCCUAACGCGAUCGUCCAUGAUUAAUGAUAGCUCACCUUUAUCAUCAUAGAUAAUUAUUACACGAACUAAUCUUUAAUUACAAUCACAAUCGAGUCACUUGUAAUGUAAUCCCGUGUCAGUAACACGGGUAAUGCCAUUUUAAUAUAACUUAACGCCCGUAGCAUAUAAGUAAAAAAUCUGAUUAGAUAUAAGAAAGCUUUAAACUGCUAUUGGCAAUCUAAACGGCAACUGUGUUGAUAUUAUAAAUGUAAUAUUGAUCAAAUUAAAUUUAAUCAUGUAAAUACUAGUAAUAUUAAUGAUUUUUGAAUUGUAUAAACUUUAUUAUAAAUCUUAACGUGUAUCUAGUAAUACUUGCCUUAUUUUAGAAUUAUGUUAAGCUUUGGACUGAUUGAUUUAAAUGAUCUACAUAUUAUAGUUUUUUUACACUUUGCAUUUUUUAUUGAAGUCAUCGCGAUGCUUUUGUAAUAUUUACUAUUAUUUAAGUAACAACAGUUUAGUCAACACUCGAGAUGGAUUAGUUGAUACGAAUGUUCUAAGUAAACUGUUAGAUCGUUAAAUUAUUUAUGUAAAGCGAUUAUUUAAAUAAACUCGUGCUAAUUAUAAACGACUAAUGAAAUAGGAUGUAGUAACUAAUCUCAUAAAUGUACUAGUGCGCUGAACUAAUCCGUCUGGUAGUUAUUAAAUGUUUGUAAAUAGUUUCAAUUUGAUGCCCAUUUUACUGUCUGUUUAAAAACUCAUGUAAACCGUCUGAAUACAAACGAUUGUUGUAUGAUUGUUAAGAUGUUUGGUGGUAUGUCAUUAAAUGAGAUUUUAAAAUUAA